AACAACUAUGGAUGUUGAUUGGUCUUCAAUAAGCUUUUGACAAUCCUACAAUAAUUUAUUCUUCUAAAGAUAUAUUAUAUAGACUUGAGAUGGUACUUGUGAUGCAGUAUCUACAAAUAUAAAAUGCAAACUGAAGUACCUACAUUACCUGUAGUACACUUAAAUGCCCACACAAAUCUCAAUAGGAAACAAAAUUCUAACUUGAGAAACUCAACAGUGCAAACAAAAACUAAUACACCACAUAAAAAUAUAGCAUGUCUUUCAUCCAACAAAAAGAGCUUGCGUCCUUUACUUGGACAACCUUACCAAAGUAGUGUACAACAAAAACCUCUAUUAGAACAUUCAAAGCUUAACAGAAAUAGCAUUAAACAAAGAGUUUUGUCAGCAAAAAUGUUACAUAUUAAAGAAUUACAAAAUCAGUUGGCUGAUGCGCAUUAUCAAUUAAAUGAGUUAGGUAAUGAAAACAGGCUAUUGAAAUCAUUACAAAAACGACAGGAUUCUGCACUGAAACGUUACGAAGGAACAAACGCAGAGUUGCCACGGAUCAUUAACUCCCACCAUGAGGAAUUGAGAGUACUUCAAAUUAAAUAUAAAAAGCUGAAAGUUUUGCAUAAAGAAACAUGCACUUUACUAAAAGAAAAAGAGAAUGAACUUCAGCAAUUACAGUCUCAAAGUAAACAUUUAUUACAACUCAGUAAAGAUCGCAAUUUGGGGGAAAGAGAAAAAUUACAAUUACAAGUUUCUGAUUUAAAUUACAGAAUGCAACAACAACAAGAUACUAUACAGGUGCUACACAGAAAAUUGGCUCUUGAAAGUAAAAGCUUAAAGCAGCAAUUAUAUGCAGAAAUUUCUAAGCGAAAGGAAACACAAAAACGUUUAAACGAAACGAUAGAAAAAUUAAAAAGUUUAGAAAAUUUACUGGACAACAGAGAACGACGAUUAUAUUAUAAUGGACAAUUAUUACACCCUAAUAAAAAUAGACAUUUUGGUACACAGUCUCUUACAAAUUUAAGAGAUAUUAGCUCAUCAAAUCCAUUGAAGUUAUCAAAUCAGAGUAGAAGAUGGCAAAAAGAUGCACAAGAAAGUAGUUUGCCUAUACUUCAUACGCCUGAACUAAAUGAUAAAAGCAUAAGAACGGACGAAAGGACAAAUUUAAAUCAAACAUCAGAUUCUGUGAAAACAGAAACAAUGGCUAAUUUGGAACAGAUAAGAAAAUAUCGUCUUCAAAAAUUAUCACAUAGAAAAGUCUCAUCAAACGAUUUUGAAGAGAAACCUAAAGAAGUAGGUUUUAAACUAGAUGAAGAUUCAAAAUUUAUUGAGCGUUCGAACAGUUCAGAAAUAUUAGAAAGGCAAAAUGAGAAUGAUGAAAAUCAGUAUGAAAUAAGUGCAGACAGUUUUAGAAAAAUAUAUGAAAAUCGAAAAUAUCAUAAUUUUCACGAAUUAUUAAAGAACAAAGUUCUUUAUUCGUCCGAAGGUGGUGAUAGUGAAGAUGAAACUUUUCAAAACGAUGACGCGAAUGCAACUAAUAAUUCCAGAAAAUUAUGCACAAGAUUACUCAGCAAUACUGAUGAUACGUCGGAUUCAAAAGAAUUAACAUUUUCUAAUUGUACAUACCGAGAUAAGUUGAAAGUUUUACAGCAUGAGAGAAAGGAUUCGUACGAAAGUGAUUCGGAAGUCGAAACUGAAAUAAGAAAAGAAUCGAUUAAACAUUAUAUGCCAGGAAACCACCAAAAUGAUGCUGUUAAACUAAUUUCAUCUAUGUGCGAUGAUCAAAUUCGUUAUAACUCUAAUGAAGAAGUGGAAGAGUUGACGACUUCUCGCUUCUUAAACGAAUCACAGAAGAUUUAUCAAAACUUAAUUAGAGAACCACAAGCACCAACUAAAAGUGUUACGGAUGAAAAUUUGUACGCUAGUCAUUCAAUAGAUAAUAUAAAUAAAUCUUCAGAAGAUUUACACAAAUAUAUGUUUGAACAAUCUGUAGAUAAUGUACAAGAAGAUAAUGAUACAAGUAUAAAGGAAAACGAACUUCAAGAUAAGUUGUUUUUACAAACGUUUACCACAAGAGAGUAUGAUCAACUCGAUGCAUCGUUUAUAUCUUCUAACAAAAUAGAACUAACGGAUAUCGAUCCAGAAUCAUUGUUGCAUACGCAUGAAAUUUUUAACGGUUUGCAGAACAAACCAUCUACAAAGAAUUCGUUGAGCACGUCGAGCGAUUUGGACAAAGGACAAAUAACAAGUGUAAUGCACAACAAUGAAGCAGAAACAAGUCAUAGUACAAUUAUAGGCAAUUACAAUGUAGAGACAAAAAAUAAAUUAAAUAAGCAAGAAGUAAAUACAGAAUUAAAAAGUGUUGAUGUUUUAUUAAACAAUGUACAAUCUUUUGAGACUGAUUCAACUCAUGAUAUAGUUAGCAACGAUGAUGUCAAUACUACAAACGAAAUCAGUGUCGGAUCAAGAACAAUUAAUUACGAUAAAGAGAAAUUAUUGGCAACAAUGCGGGCUAUCGAUGAUAACGAGAACAUUGAAUUUUUAAAUCAAGAUUACGAAAAACACAAUGUAACAAGUAGGAAACAAAUAACAGAAAAUUUGUACCGUGGCUUGCCAACUCACACAAAGAAAAAACAAGAUAUUAUUAAAGACAUAUUCGACGCUGAUGGGUUUAAAAACGAACCUGCGACUAGCUGUAAUAAAUUGCACUAA